GCGCAAUGAAUUUAUUCAUACCGAUUAAUGAUUUGAGCGAUUGAAUACAAUCCCAUUUAGAAAUGUCAUCAAUUGUUUCACCAACAUAUCGUCGAUAUGUAUGCCAAAAUCGAAACGAAACGUUUGUUAUUCAUCCGCAUGGAUCAGACCAAGCUUCGCUCUGAAGAAGGCGUUCAAUUAAGAGAUGCAGUUGUGAAUGACGGCAAUGCAGCUGACGUUGGGAGACUCAAGAUUUUGCCAUCUUCAUAUACAGGCAGUCUGCGUCAUAUGGAUGAGUACGCUCAAGAUGCAAUUGCAUAUGUUCGUCAUUAUGGGCGUCUCGACCUAUCCAUUACGUUCACAUGCAAACCAACUUGGGACGAUAUGCAACAGCUCUUACUUCCUGGGCAGUCGCCGGUGGAUAGGCAUGACAUCACAGCACGUGUUUUCAAAAGCUGAAACCGC